CCCGCGUGAUCUGCUGGGUUGACCAACAAUCGGUUCGUGCGAUGGGCGGCGCGGUGUGGCAGAAGUACAUGAAGAUGACGCGGCAGAUGUCCAUGCCGGCGCGGGUGAAUGAUUACUGGAACAACUUGACAGUGACGGAGCGCCAGAGUGUUCUCUUUCUCGACGAAGCGGAUCUCGUCAAGCAGCUGUACAAACUCAACUUUUCGCUGUUAUGUGUGGGGCUCAUGCAACGCCGACUCAAAAAAGCCUCCUCGUCCACCGCAGACGAACCGACGUACGAACUUCUGGAAGCCAUGGAGUUUAUGGACAUUGGCACUGGCAUUAUGACGGUCAAGAACGAACUCGUCCAGGACGGCCAUGCAUCGGCUCUGUUUGAGCUCAUCCAAGCAAACCUGCAUGGGUUCCUCAGCCAACCCUAUGUCUUGAGCGACAAGGACUUCACCCAACUCUUCUUCCACGACAGCGAAGGCGUGAGCUCUUGGGACGAGUAUCAGCAUCUCAUCGCCAUGUUGCUCGAACAGUUGAUCAUCAAGAGCUUCGUGACAUACCUGGAAAGAGAAUCGCUGCGGCAAAUGGAAGCUCUGCUUCAGGAAGUGGACCAAGAGACGAAACAAGGAGGCAAGACGUCCACUGGUAAGAAGCGGAAGAAGCGGCGGAAGGUCGUGAACUCGUCGUCGCCUUCACUUCACAUCGUACCAAACUUUCACGCACAAAUUGACAAUCGUCCAAAUGAGUCCCUUUCCCUCCCCACCACCCCAACGAAGAAGCAAUCGAUGUCUCCCUCGCCUACCGAGCCGCUGACCCCGCCCGCAUCGUCCCAGCCCUUCCUGACAACUGCAACGCUGUCCCUUCCACAGUCGCACUUAUCACCAAAAAAGGCGCCUUCGUCAGCCUCGAACGCUCAUCUUGCUUCCACCCCGCGCACACUGAACCCAACGGCGGCAGAAUUCAAGCCGAUGCUGCCACUCAAGCGCAAGUUCGACUCGUUCAUUGUACACGUGGAAUCCAACUACGACGACGACGCGGGAGACACGGACCAUGGCGGUCGCGAGUACCAUGGAAGGCGGCGGCGGCGGCCGGACUGGGGCGAGGAUGUGGAUGAGCAGCAGCAAGUGGACAUGUCAAGGGAUGCUGAACUGGACGUGCAGCUCGCCCAGCUUUAUCACACGACGUCAGAACUGUUCGGGUGGAAUUUUACCCACAAUUGCGAGUAUACUGGUGCCUACGACGGCUGGAACGAGUCCGAGUUCUUCAUGACGCAACAUCAUCCUGUCGUGCGAUUCUUCUCGACCGACUGCAAUCUGUGCACGAACUUGAUGCGAUGCCGACGUCACCAAGCGGAGGAAGACGCGCGGGCGUGGCGCCAGCGCGCAUUGCACGUCCCACCCCCUGUCCGAGAUUACCUUGAUCACGACCGCUAUUUUCGAUGACUUCGUUCUUCGAUACCCAUGUAAAUGGAUCUGCCAUCCUGUAACCAAGAGCUGUCGCAUAUCGAAA